AUGCAGGAGUCUCCAGGUGCCAUGGGUGUUGAUGGCAGCUACGCCAGUAAUGUCCCAGCUUUUCUGACCAAGCUGUGGACUCUUGUGGAAGAUCCAGACACAAAUCACCUCAUCUGUUGGAGCGCUACUGGGACGAGUUUCCAUGUGUUUGACCAGGGGCGCUUUGCCAAGGAGGUGUUGCCUAAAUACUUCAAGCACAACAACAUGGCGAGUUUUGUACGGCAGCUAAACAUGUAUGGUUUCCGUAAGGUGGUCAACAUUGAACAGAGUGGAUUAGUGAAACCAGAGAGAGAUGACACAGAGUUCCAGCACCUGUAUUUCUUGCAGGGACACGAGCACAUGUUGGAACAUAUUAAGAGGAAGGUGUCCAUUGUGAAAAGUGAGGAAACUAAAGUGCGUCAAGAAGACCUGAGCAAACUACUGUAUGAAGUCCAGCUCCUGAGGACACAGCAAGACAACAUGGAGUGCCAGAUGCAAGAUAUGAAACAGCAGAAUGAGGUGCUGUGGAGAGAGGUUGUAUCACUGAGACAGAACCACACACAGCAGCAAAAAGUCAUGAACAAGCUGAUCCAGUUUCUGUUCAGCCAGAUGCAGCCCACCUCCCCCAGCACUGUGGGCCUGAAGAGAAAGCUGCCACUGAUGUUGGAUGAUGGCUCUCCCAGCCCACCUGCCUCUAAAUUCAGCCAUAGCCACCAAGUGGAGCCUAUGAAUGAGUCGUUUUACAUUCAGUCGCCUUCCAGUGACAGUGCCUCAUGCUCCGCCAGUGGGAUGGCUGGAGGACCAAUCAUAUCAGACGUCACUGAAAUGUCCCAGACCCCAAUGGCCCUGCACAUGCAGACAGAGGACACAAGGGAGAAGUGCCUGAUGCUGAUAAAAGAGGAGCCAGUGAGUCCAGGCGUGAGAGGAGGAGGAGGAGCCAAGGGGGGCAGUGUUGGAGCAGAUGCUUCAGGCCUGAGCACAUGUGAGGUGUGCCCCGCUGAGCCCCCUGUCCUGCCUGUGGCCCUGGUCCAGUCCGUUCUGGAGGGGAGGGGCCCUACUGGACCUGUGGGGGACAGGAGGAGUAAGAGAAUGGUCUCAGAAAGAGGGGAGGUGUCAGAGGCAGUGGAGAAUGUGGACAUGAGCCUGGAGGAGCUGCAGCAGCUGCUGCUCAGGAACCACCAGCACAGCUCAGUGGAGGCCGGGGCCAGUGCUGCUAUAGAUCCCUUCAGUCUCAGUCUGCCUCUCACAGAGUGGAACUUCAAUGAGAUGGACCCAAACCUCAAGUCUUACAUGUUCCACAACCAGGAGGCUGAGGCAUUUCCAGCCAAUGACUGUGAAGAGCAGUGAUCAUACGUUUUGUUGUAGACUGUUUUUUGAGUUCAAAGCUGCCAUUCCUUUCAUUCCUUCAUAAACCCCAUGGUCCUGCCAGGCUGU